GAUGCAGGGGGUGCCCGCUGCUGGGAUGCGAUGGCCACGAGGAAAAGGUGUGUCCAGAUGGCAGCGAACUUGAUAUAAGGGCGGCUGCUGGCACCAAAACGGAGCGGGCAGGAGUCGGGUGCUGCGCAGAACCGGGCUGAGAGGGCAUCUCCCAGUGCAGGACAGGAUGAAGCCGCUGAAGCUUUUCGGAAUGGUUUUCUUCUGUGGGCUGCUCUCAUCCACUCAGGGUGUCCUGUCCGGCCUGUCCUGUGCCAUCAGUCCCAGGGGCAUGCAGCAAGUGCUGUCCAGUGCCAUCAUUCAGAGCGGGCUCUUCCAGAAGGAACUGCAGGGCAUGACGCUGCCGAACUUCAGGGGUGACGGGGGUCUGCUGAACUCCCGCACCAUCAUCACGGGGCUGCACCUGGAGAGGUCCUGGCUGCCCACGCUGUCGGUGGCACUGGUGCCCGGGGCCGGGAUGCAGUUGCUCAUCAACGUGCACUUGGAUCUCAGUGGCAACUGCUUGGUUGGCCUUCUCUCCGAGAUAAUACUUAUCUCCCUGGAGGUGACCAUUACCUCAAGCAUCAAAUGCCCAAAUUUUGAGUCGGGUGCAGUCCAUGUCAUUGUUGAUGACUGUUUCUGCAUUGUUGGUACUGUAAAGAUCAAGCUGCUCUCUGGCUUACUGCCUCUAUCAGUGCAUGACGUUGUGCUCGGCCAUCUGACAGCAACUCUGCCUGGUUUGCUGUGUCCAGUGAUAGAUAUUGUCUUCAACAUGGUGAACAUCCAGCUCCUGAGCACUGUGGAUGUGGUGAUCCCAAUUGGCCAGAAGGGGACGGUUCACUACCACCUGGCCGGCCAGCCAUUCAUCUCCGGUUCGUCCCUGAUAAUGGAUUUAGAUGGCACGGUGCAGCAGAGGGGAGGUGGCAUCAUCCCCCACGACUCGUACUCCUCCGCCUUGCCCCCGCUGCUGGACGGGUUGAUACUCAUCGCCCUGCGCCAGGGCUUCCUCAGCAUCCUGGUGGCCGUGAUGCUCCAGCUCCAGCCGCACACCUUCCCCUGCUCGCCGGAAGCUUUCUCCGGGGCCAACCAGAUGAGAGAUGCCAUCAUAGCCCUUUUUCCCACUGGGUGCACCAGCUGCCCUGCAGCCAGUCCUCUGAGCAUCCGCGUGGAGUGUGAGGGGAACCCCCACCUCGUCUUGGAACCCAACAAAGCCACCAUCAAACUGCCAGCCCUGCUCCAGGUGUUCGUUAAUCGCCCGGAUGGGUCCAUCACCAGCCUGCUGUUCCUGAAGGCAGCCCUCAGUCUGAACGUCCGCCUGUCGAUUGCCAGGGGCAGCCUGGUGCUGGGCUUAUCCCUGGGCAGCGUUUCCCUCAUCUUGAAGGCAUCCGAAAUUGGCAUCAGUGAUAUCUCCAGCCUGAAGCCGCACUUCAUUAAUCUGCUGGUGGAGGCGUACCUGCCACCUCUCAAUGCUGCUGCAGAAAAUGGGAUACCCCUGCCGCAAGUGUUUGGCUUUCCCCUGGAAAGGGCGAACUUCCAGAUCUUGAAGGGAGUGUUGCUGAUCCGCUUGUGAGAUGUGCAGGGUGCUGGCAGCUCUGGGCACAGCCCUGGGAAGAAAGAGGGAGGAGGUCCGGCCAGAAUGGAGCGUUGGGACCAACGUUAUCUUCUUUCCUUUCCUAAAUGUACGUCAAGAUUCUUGGUAAUAUUUAAGGCACUUCAAAUUAAACUGGCUCACAUGGUACUGAGACGCUUGCAUAAGCCGACACCAGAUAGGCAGCUCUGUGUACAAAUAUUUAUUUAGAGAAAUUAGGGUGAAUUAGAAGUCACGGUUGUAGAAGUGACAUGUGUGAUGCUGCAGCUGAAUUGUUAAAUUCCUUGAAUAUUUGGUCUUUGGGAAAGUUGUUGUCAAUGUAAUGAAGAAGUGAACUUUUUGCAUGUGGCUCUCCAUGUGGAUGGCACCAUCCGUGUUGAGAAAAGUCCAAAGCGCCGAGCAGGAGCUCGGGAUACAUUUGUCAUUAAUUCCUUUAGUAAUAAACAUUCUUUCUUUUUCAGUGCUCAGAA